UCGAUAACGCCGGCUAUGAAAAGCCGUACAUUUUGUAUAUUUCUUGAAAUGGGCCAACAUGUUUCAAGAAAUGAUUUCGAGUGGGUUUAUACAGAAGAACCACAUGCUUCACGACGUAAAAUAAUUUUAGAAAAAUAUCCACAAAUAAAAAAAUUAUUUGGAUAUGAUCCAUAUUUUAAAUGGGUAGUAACAGGAAUGGUUUUAAUUCAAUUCAUCUCUAUGUUCUUUAUAAAAGAUUUAAGUUAUCCAAUGCUGUUUUUUUUAGCAUAUUGUUUUGGAGGUGUAAUUAAUCAUUCUCUUAUGUUAGCAAUACAUGAAAUAGCACAUAAUCUUGCUUUUGGACAUAGUAGACCUAAAGCUAAUAGAUUAUUUGGAUAUUUUGCUAAUUUACCUAUAGGUAUACCAGUAUCUGUUAGUUUUAAAAAAUAUCAUCUUAUACAUCAUCGCUAUCAAGGUGAUGAAAAAUUAGAUACAGAUUUGCCAACAUUAUUAGAAGCAAAAUUAUUUUGCACUACAUUUGGAAAAUUUUGUUGGUUAUGUCUACAACCAUUUUUUUAUGCAUUUAGACCUCUUAUUGUUUAUCCAAUGGCACCUACAUUAAUGGAAUAUAUAAAUUUUAUAAUACAAUUUACUUUUGAUGGAUUGAUAUGGUAUUUUUUAGGUGGAAAAGUUUUAGUUUAUUUACUUUCUGGAUCAGCAAUGGCAAUGGGUUUGCAUCCUGUAGCUGGACAUUUUAUAUCAGAACAUUAUAUGUACAGAAAAGGUUUUGAAACAUAUAGUUAUUAUGGUCCAUUAAAUUGGAUUACAUUUAAUGUUGGAUAUCAUAAUGAACAUCAUGAUUUUCCUGCUGUUCCUGGUUCAAGACUACCAGAAGUAAAACGAAUAGCUUCUGAAUUUUAUGAUAAUUUACCACAACACAACUCUUGGGUUUCUGUUUUAUAUGAUUUUGUUAUGGAUCCUGAUAUAGGUCCAUAUGCAAGGAUAAAGCGAAAACAUAAAGGACUUGCUUCAUAAAAUUGAAAUUUUUUUUAAUUUUUUAAUAAAUAAUUUUGAGAUUAGCAUCUGAAACUUAAUACUGCAUGCACAUUUAAAGGAAAUAAUAUUAUUGUUAAUUUAUUGUUAUAUAUAUUCAGUAUUAAAAAAAAAUGCAUACAUUCUAUGCAAUAGUAAAAUAUUUUAGU